AAUGAGUGGGCGCCUAUCGCGAGCCACCUACUGGCUACACCGCACAGUACAACUCAAUCAUUCGUAAUCCUUAGGCAAUUUUAAAAUUUUAAAGCUUUGUGUUGAAUUUUAAAAUUGUCAACAACUUAAUUGGAAAAGUUUCAAACCUUUUUUUAACAUCUUGGGGUGUUACCUGCUGAAAAAGAUCAGCUGACUCAACAAAAAUAAAACUUCUGUCAAAUUUGCAUCAACAAAGCUAAAAAAAUAAAUUAAGGUUAAGUAUGUAAAUUUUUUUGUAUUGAUAUUUUGAUAUUAAGAUAAAACACGACUAUUUAUUUACGACAACAUGAAAACGAUAAGUGUACAGCAGCCGAUAAAUUUGAAAGUGGUGCGAUUGGAGUUGGACUUUACAGCUCUGACUCCGGACCUUAAACCGGGAGAAAUGACGAGAAAACAGAAAAAAAUUAAGGUACCAAAGAUUGGAAACAUCAAGAAACCCCCGCCAGUUCCGCCACCACCGCCCUUACGCCUUGAGAACUGUACUCAGAAAAGGGACGUUAAGGAGCUGGUAGAAGCUCUACUUGACGACUUAUACGCAGACCAAAGAGCGUGGAGCAACAGCAGCGCCGUGGAUUACAGCCAAGGAUCCACUUCAGAAGCUUCUGUAACGUCAACAUAUUCGAAUUGCGGAGAGCAGACAGACUCCAUCGAACGCAGUUAUUUAGAAUCCUUAGAAAUAGAUGAACUCAGACAACAUAUAAACGAAUGGGAGUACAGAUUGCAAGUGACGGGGGAACGACUGGCAAAGUGUGUGCGCGUUCGAGAUCGUCUUCGAAGACAGCAGAAGAGAGUAUGUGCCGCAUUCACCGUGCUCUUGCGACAUAUCACUGGGGAAAGUGGCGCACGGUUCGGAGUGGGGCCGAGCGGCGGGGGCGAAGGCCCCGGCGAGGGCGGCUACGCGGAGUGGCUCCAUGCCAUGAGGCUGGUGGCUCGCCUGCCCGCCGGCGUGCCGCAACACUUCCGAAAAAAGCUAUGGCUAACAUUGGCGGAUCGACACCUGACGGCGCGAGGCGUGGAGUGGCCGGCCGCUGAGCGCGCCUGCUUCCGAGGCACCGCUCAGCCCGAUGACACUGAACUCGGUGCACAGAUCCUUAAAGACUUGCACCGCACUGGUUGUUCCCUUUUCUGUGGAACCGAAGGGAGGGAAAAUCAAGCAAUGCUACGUAGAGUUUUGUUGGCUUAUGCGAGGUGGAAUAAAGACGUUGGAUACUGCCAAGGGUUUAACAUGCUAGCUGCUAUUAUUUUAGAAGUAAUGGAGAAAUCUGAAUCCGAUUCUCUAAAGGUGAUGAUUUACCUAGUGGAAGCUGUCUUACCUGAGGGUUAUUUUGCCGACGAUCUUCGAGGCUUGUCAGCAGACAUGGCUGCGUUCAGAGACCUUUUAAGACUACGCAUUCCCCGCCUGGCGAACCACAUGGAUCACUUACAGAGAAUAUCAGAUGGUGGAGGCGUGGAGCCUCCAUUACCAGACGUGUUCACAAUGCAGUGGUUCCUGACGCUGUACGCCACGUGGCUGCCUCGCGACUGCUUGCUGCGGAUUUGGGAUCUAGUGUUGCUGGACGGCAACGAGGUGUUGCUGCUCACAGCACUAGCUAUAUGGGAUUUGUUGCAGGAACGGAUUCUAUCGGCGAGAUCGGCCGACGAUUUCUACAGCUGCAUGGGGGGUGGCGCGGGGGAAGUGUGGGCGGCGGGGGACGCGCUAGUGGCGCGGGUGGUGUCGUUCGGGUCCGCGCCCGAGCUGCCGCGCCUGCGCAGCCUGCACAGAUACAGGGUGGCCCCGCCCGCGCCCCCCGCGGUGCACGCCGCACCCGUCUGUCAACCACCACUACAUUCUGCGAUGCAAUCAAUGACAAAACGUGGACUUCGUUUGUUCUAUUCGGAGGAUGAAGGCGAUUCAAGCGAUGAUGGAAAUAAACUGGCCCUAGCAACGGUUAUGCCUCGACGUGAAGACCGCCUUGGUGCUGGAGACCGGUUGUCUUUGGAUAUCGGAGCUCUGAAACGUCAGUACGCUCGUCUGCGCGAGAGGCAGAGACAAGCGCAUGUCAUUCUAGCGGCGGCCUGCGCACGACAUGCAGCAGUCGGAGUUCCUACUUCCCCAACCUCUCUCACAGUCAAUAAUCUUUUACUGGGAAAAAACGCUAUUGUCAGUUCUCGUGGCAGAAGACUCGGCCCGCCUCCGGGCGCUGUGCCACCUUCUAGAUUGGCUUCAUCGCCUCUUAAGACUGAAUCCAGUUCACCUAGUCGUCCAAAUGAAACAAUUAGUUGGAUUGAAGAAAAAAGUAAAAAAUCUCUAAGCAGACGUAACUCCGUCAAAUGGAAAGAUAUUAAAAAAGAAAAGGUCAAAGAAAAAAUAAGAAAAGCUUCUAUCGAUUUGGAUGAAGCUGGAGACGGUGUCAUCGUAUCUGAAUUAGAAGCCAAUGAAAUGAUAGCUUCGCUAAGAUCUCGUAGUUCAAGUGAAAGUUCGUCUUAUUCUUCACAUACUGCGUCUAGCACUGAUACGAGUCUCUGCGAUAACAAAGAAAAUGCCAGUGACUCCGAGCCCGAUUUACCAGACGAUGACAAGGUAAAAAACAUUAACUUUCCUAAUAAGGUAAAUAAAUCUACCCUCUCUCCAAUUUUCAAAGAUAAAAUAAUUAGUAGCUCUCCUGAUUUAAAGGACAUCAAAGUUUCACCGGAUAAAGAAAAAAAUAUUUCCACAGCUAAAUCUGUGAAAAAUAUAACAGAUUAUCUUGACUCUGCUGCUGGAGAGCCUCUACGCACGUACAUUGAUGGAUUUGAAGGUAAACUUAAUGAUAGCAUCAUCAGCAGGUCAGAAAAUAAUAUGUUUAAACCUACAAGUCCUUUUCAAAGUGUAUCUCCUUUUUCAAUAAAUAAAAAUGAAGUACGCCAAAGGUUAAAUAUUAAGUUUGACGAAGCUACUGUUAAAAAUGAACUUACUAGGCCUACAAAUUUAACAAAACUUGGUAAAAAUUUCACAGAGUUGAGCCCUGUUGAUAUAUCGCCUUGUAAUUAUUCUAUGAAUAUCAAGUCUCCUUAUAAUUAUAAAUUCGAAUCAUUGUUGCAUAGUUCCGAACCUACUGAUUCAAUUUCCAAUAGACCUCCAGACAUCAUUGAUAGCUUUACAAUGUAUCCCAAUUUUGUGCCUGAUAUAGAUUUAUCGGAUAAAAACGUGUCGGAUAUAGAAACUCCGCCCAGAAGUCCGGACGCAGAGAGUAUUAUUGUAAGUGAAGAUGAACCACCAAUUCAACUAAAAAUUGAUAAAUAUUUCGAGCAUAGUCCAGAGUUUUUCGGUGCUAGAGUAACUGAUCCAAAUAACUCUGAAAUUCCGAAUAGGCGACCAGUAAGACGGCAUUCACGGAUACCAAAGAAACCUGAUUCACUGACACUACAUAUGAGCAGUACUGAUAAACUGUUAAAACACGAAACUGAAAGAGCAUCAUCUUUACCUCAAACUCAUAGUUUUAAAACUUCUACCCCAAGUCCAAGAGCGAAAAAAAAUGAAAAUGACAUUAUUGAAGAAAACUUAAGUAACGUAAAACAGAAAGAAAUUCAAAUAUCGGAUCCCGGAUUAAAACUAAAAACACCUGAUAAAGUAAAAGUAAAAGAAAUAUUUUCUCCAAAAGAUUAUAUUCUUCAAUCUGGUCGAAAAAACAGUGAAAGGGCUCUACAAAUAAUUCAAGAAAAUUCUAAAAUUCUGAGUAGAAUUUUAACAAAACAAAAUAUAUCUGAACCAAGUAGUAAAGAAACUAAACAUACAUCGGAAAAAGAAGUUGAAACCUCACAAAAAGAAGUUAUUUUAGUAAAUACCAUUGAAAGUAAAUUAGUUGAUUCGCCUUUACUCAAGGAGUCCACAUCAGAUUCUUUAAUAGGUUGUAGAAAAAGAAAUGUCAAUAGUGAGACAGCUGAAAAGAAUGAUUUCAUAAGAAUAAGGCCGAUAUCAAUCGAUGAUCCUUUUUCAUUAGAAGUUCGCAAUAUUUCAUCUAGAAAUGAUGAGAACAUAAAAUCGAUUACAACACCUAACAAUGAAUGUUUAGGUAACAAAACUGACUUGUAUGGAUGGGAAAAUAAAGGAUUUCUUGCAAAAUGUGACACCAAAAAAUUUUCACCGAUUUCAAGGGAUACUUUUGAUUAUGAAUAUAGAAAGAAAACGAACAUAUCGAUUCAAGAUGAUUUCGAUAAUGAUGUAAAGGCAAUACCAACACCUGAAUGGACUCGUCAUUCUUUUUCCGGCGAGUCCAGGACUUCCAUCACUUUACCGUCCUCAGAACGCAAGGAUACAUCCACAUGUGAAAAACGUUUCACUUCUAAUGAUUAUAAUUAUCCCUUAUCAAGUAAAUAUAACGAUUUUGUAUUAUCUGAAGCUAGUGACAUCUGUAGUAAAACAGUAGACAAAGGGCCGAAAGUAUGUGAAAAUUUAUCAAAGACUGAUAACAGCCAAGUUAGUGAUUUUGCUAAUAUAGUAACUUCAUCUAUUAGUUUUACUUAUGAACCAUCCGUAGAAGAUGAUUCACCUACGGAAGCUAAAAGUAAUUCAAGUGAUACGUUAUGUCAAAUAACGUCACUCGAUCAAGUAUCUACGCCAAUUUCUCCUAAAAUAUUUCCUAGAGAAACGCCCACAUUACCUAAAGAUAUUUUAGAAAGAAAUGAUAAAAGUAAAGUGGAAUCUGAUGAUACUUGCAGUGCUAUCACUUCACUUACUAUAGAAACCGACAAUACGUUGUCAUCCCUGUCCUAUCCACGCAGUCCGUCUACGGGGUCCUAUCACCCGUUUCCGACUCGCCCAGUGAUGCGGAUGCCAAAAGAGCUCGGAGUCAGGCUGGGUAUGUACCCAAAAGAUACUGUCAGCUCUCCCCAAAAGUAAUUUUAAGUACUUUUAGCAUUACCACGCAAGACAAUUAGCGCUACAGUAUUACGACACCUUGCUUUACCCAUAUAAAACUGGGCCUCUCAAUAUUGAUAUAAGUUUUGUCGUAUUCAUUAAUCGACAGCACUAAUAUAUCUAAUCACGAACAGCAUUUUUGCCUGCUGUUGUAUUGUAACCUUUUUGAAUACUACUUUUACAUUGUCAUUUUUGCGUUAGAAAUAUAGGUAGCUCUAUAUAUUAUGUAUCGGUACGUCAUCUUAAUGCGGGUUUUAAAACUCUUUUUGCAGUUCUAUUUGUUUUGAUAUUAUUAUCUUAUUGUAUAGAUUAUCAAUAUAUAUUACGUAGAUAUAUUUUAAAUAUUAUGUACAAUUUACUACUGUUUUUGUGUUUAUAGUUAUCCACUAAAGUCUCUUUAAUCUUGGAAUACGUAAAGCCUAGCUAAAUUUAAGAUUUUAAAAAUGUAGGAAACUUUUCAGUAAUUUUAAAAACAAAAGAGUAGUAGGUAUGUAAAAAGAAGCUGUUCGUAUUCCAAACAAUGUGAGAGAGGAUCAAAAAUACAAGUUGCCUUGAAUCCCAUUUAUUGUUAUUGUAAAAAUCCUUCGCAAUACGAAAAAUGUACUUUAAGGUAGAUAGGCUACUUGUUUAUGUCAAUAUUAGUAUAAUUUAAAGCAAAUAAUAGAUGUUUAUAACGCAAUAGGAUUGAAAUUCUAUCUUUGCAAAUGAAAAGAGUUGUGUUGUUAGAGAACAAUAUUUAUUAUACGACAAUAUUAAAAAAUAUAUACAUUAUGCAACUGCUGG